GUAGGAAAUUGUUAUUCCGAAUCUGUGGACGUGGUGUUCUGUUUUUUAAAUUCGCAAAUUCAUUGCCUUUUUCCUCUGUAAUUUGUUUCAUUUAACUUAGUGAAUAUAUUAUUUUUUUUAAAGUUUAUUUGUCUAGUCUAUAAUGUUUCCAAUUAAAAAAGAGAAUAUUGAUCAUCUCCAUUCGCAUAAUAUUCGGAUAUCCGAUCGACAAAUAAACACAAUAAGUUAUGGAUUUUUAAGAAGUUGAUUCAUCAAAUCCAUCCAAUAUGUCCCAACAACAUAAGAUCAUCCACCUGCCAAAGGUCAGGAUGCUAAACCGAGGGCGUUCAGCAAUAAGGAUCACAAAUGUUAAGUCUGUUAAACCGGAUCCUGAAUUCGUUAAACGACAGGAAGAGGAGAGAUUGAGGGCUCAGUUACAACAAGAGAUAGUAUCUCGUUCCCGUACUUGUUCCUACCACGCGUAUGAGUGCACCCUUCCUGUAGUGGCGGGUCGUAUGUACUGCGCACGACAUAUACUCAGUGACCCCACCGCUCCGUACAAGCAAUGUGCUCAUGUCUCCGCAUCUGGCAACAGAUGUACACAGCCCGCACCCAUCGACAGAGACCCCGGGGUAUGCUUCGACCACGCCCGUUCGUCUCUCUGCCGCCGGAUGCGUGCCGCAGCGCCGCCGCCCGCCGUCGACACCACGGAGACGCUGCUGCAUCGUUUGCAGCACUACGUUAGACCUGAACGUACUCGGACGACCUCGUGCGCCUCCUCAGUGUCUGUGGUCAGCGAGCCUUCGGAACAGGAAAUAGCUACGCAUGCUGUGGAUCCAUUCAAGGAAAUAGACGCGGUGUCAGUGAACGCGUCCGUAUCAACGGCGCUGAUGGAGUGCGCCAGCGCCAGUGACAGCGACUGUGACAGUGUAGUGAUCACCACAGAGAAGGAACCCUCCGACACUGAGGACGCACCCUGCGAGGACGGACCGCUCUGGAAGGCUGGUGUAUACACAGCAGAGGAGGCAGUCAGUGAAGCGAACAAUGUUCUCAAAUCAUUGCAGUCCUUAUAUAUUAAACAGAUGGGUCGCCUGAGAACUCAGUUAGAAACGGCCAGGCUGAAAUAUGUCAAGGCUCUACGGACAGAAAAGGAACAUUACUGUAGUAUAAACAGCCAGUCCCGGUCCGGACCUCAGUCGGUGCGCGAGCGGCGACAGCUGAGGAAGUUGAAGGCGUACGCUGGAUAUCACCGGAAACACGGAAUGGAUGCCGUGCUCUCGAGGAAACUACAUCAUAAGAGAGCUAUGGCCAAGGAUCCACCGUCGAACCGCAUACCUUCUCAGGGUCGGUGUGUGUUCACGGAGGGCGGCGUCCGGUGUUCCUCACACGUGCUGCCCGCGGCUAAGCAUUGUCUCAAACACAUACUCAAUGAUACACAACAGGUAUUAUUCGUCCCUUGCGGUGAUGUCCGCGGGCCGGUGUCUUGCCUCGAGCCUGCCCCAAGGUCGCCGCUGCCGAGAUCGUGUCGCUAUCACACAGACGCGCCGCCGCACGCGUGCUUCACGCUUAAAAAGCAGGAAUCUGAAUGUGGUUCGGAGUGGACGUGUUCUGACCAGUCCCCUGCUGCCCCACAGCUGGUGGACACCCUACAGUACGACUGACCAACGGACUGGGAUCAUACGGAGUAUGAUUGGAAUAUUCUCACCGAGUGAAGUGUUGUGAAGUGAUGUUGUAACAGUGAAGUGAUACGGAACCAGUGAACAAUACAUUACGGAGUCUGUUUUUGUAUUGUACGAGUAUUGUACGAUAAAAACUAUUAAAUAUAUGUUAGGUAUUAAGUUUUCCUAUUCAUAGUGUAAGAUGGAAUUUUUAUAUAACUUUGGAUUUCUUGGAAAUGUAAUGGAACCAAAGAUAGUUAGUGAUCUGGAAUAGUUAGUUUGUAUACAAUUGUAGAUUUUCCACUCCUGUAUAGAAUUAUAUACAAUAUAUUGCAAGCAUAAAUUUUUUUUUUCUUUGAUGUAUGUAUGAAGUAUUUUUGUACCUGAUCACAAAAUUAUCUGCUUUAAUAGUAUUGCUGAAAAUGACUGAACAUCACAAUAAAAAUGUUCUAAUAAACUAA